CGUGUGAUUUGGUGGCAUUCAAUUACUGACCCAAUCUCUCUCUUCAUCAGUACACUUAUCUUAUCUGCUUCUCUAUUUAAUCUCCAACUCCCCAUCUCCCUCCAACUCUCCUCUGAUCUUUGUCUCAAGUCUCACAAAGUCCCAACACCAUUAACACUCUUUCUCUCUCACUUUCUUCUGAUUCUUCUUUCAUUCAUUCAUUCACUGACUUAUCUCAGUCAGACAUACUAUCAAAUGGGUUGUAGUCAAGACUACUGCAAUUGCAGCCAUAGAUAUCGCCAUCUUAUGGCUUCUUUCUUCAUACUUCUGCUCUCGAGCUCGACCCAAGCAAGAUUAAUGGCAAAAGGUAGAGCUAAUGUUAAAUUAUUUGAGGUCACCCACGAAGAGAAAGAAGUGGUAAGUCAUAUUGGUUCGAGGCCACCAACAUGCCAGGGGAAGUGUAGCUCUUGUGAGCACUGUGAGGCAGUUCAGGUCCCGGCAGUCCCGCAACAGAAAAGUAGAAACACUACACAUUCCUCAAAGAUGUCGACCAUAGCCUACUCCAGAGGCCAAGAUAACUCAAACUACAAGCCCAUGAGUUGGAAGUGCAAAUGUGGGGAUAUGAUCUUCAAUCCAUGAUAGAAGAAAUUGUUACAGCAUCUGAAACCUUAAAUGAGAGAAGACCCUUUUUGAAUUUUGUGGAUUUGAAUUCUGAAAGAUACAUCAAUCAAUCAAUCAAUCAAUCAAUCAUUUUUUUUUUUCUUUUCUUCCUUUCCUUUUCCCCUUCUUCAUCUAAACACCCAUGUAAUCGUUAUAAGGAUCUGCUUGCCUUACUCUGCUCAUCAAGUUGAAGUCUUGAAGAUAUUAGCACCAGAGAAUCUGUAAAUUUUGCUUAUGCAGCCAGAGAUUCUGUACUCAGAUGUUGAAAAGUCUAUCAAACUGCAUACAAAUAUGGUAUGCGUAGACAAGUAGACAACACAUAUUAUAUGAAUAUUUUCGAAAAGUUGACA